AGGACCGCGCAGAACGGGGCCGCGGGCCGCUGUGGGCUCAGCGUGCUAGCUUCGCGCCGAGCGCUGGCAUCGCAAGCGGCCGAGGUCUUGAAGUUCGAGCCCAGCACUUUCUGGGAACGCCGACUCCAGUUGAAAAAACUUAAAAAAAUUUUUUUUGCAGCUCAGUUUCCAUGUAGUUUAUGGAAACGAAAUGGAGCCCUAUUCCUGCGACACUUUUGUGGCAUUACCUCCAGCAACAUUUGGUAAUAGGGUUAUUUUUGGAAAAAAUUCAGAUAGGCUCUUCGAUGAAGUACAAGAAGUGAUUUACUUUCCAGCUGCCGUUCAUAAUGAUUUACAAAAACGUCUUAAGUGUACUUAUAUAGAAAUUGAUCAAGUUCCUGAAACCUGUGCUGUUGUCCUUAGUCGCCCAGCCUGGUUGUGGGGGGCAGAAAUGGGAGCCAAUGAGCAUGGAGUCUGCAUUGGGAAUGAAGCUGUAUGGGGAAGAGAAGAUAUUUCUAAGGAGGAAGCACUUUUGGGCAUGGACCUCGUCAGACUUGGCCUUGAAAGAGCUGACACAGCUGAAAAAGCUCUCGAUGUCAUUGUUGACUUAUUAGAGAAGUAUGGCCAAGGUGGAAAUUGUGCGGAGGGUGAAGAAUUUAGCUAUUAUAACAGUUUCCUGAUAGCCGAUAGGAAUGAAGCCUGGAUUCUGGAAACUUCAGGGAAGUACUGGGCAGCAGAAAAAGUUCAAGGAAUUCGGAAUAUUUCCAAUCAGCUCUCCAUAACAACCAAGAUCGACCGGGAACAUCCCAACAUGAGAAACUAUGCUAAGCAGAAAGGCUGGUGGGAUGGCGAAGAUGACUUUGAUUUUACUGCAGCAUAUUCUUAUAUGAACACGGCUUCAAUGAUGACUUCAUCAAGCAGAUACUGUCAGGGCUACAAGCUUCUGAAUAAGCAUAAAGGAGACAUAACUUUUGAGACAAUGAUGGAAAUUCUUCGAGAUGAACCAAGCGGCAUCAAUAUGAAGGGAGAAUUCCUGACCACCUCGAGCAUGGUUUCGGUUUUACCUCAAGAUUCCAGCCUUCCUUGCAUUCACUUCUUUACAGGGACUCCACAUCCGGAGAGGUCUGUUUUUAAGCCUUUCAUAUUUGUACCACACAUUUCACAACUGUUGGAUACGAAAUCACCAACAUUUGACCUUGAAAGGCCUAUGGCAAAGAAGCCUUAUGUCAAGCCUGACAGAAGACACCCACUGUACCAGAAACACCAACAGGCCUGGGAAGUGAUAAGUAACACUAAGGAAAAAAGAAAAACAACGUUAGACAACAUGAGGAAGUUGGAAAAAGAAAUGUUUGAAGAGAUGGAAUCAGUCCUCCAAAACAAACAUCUUGACGUGGAUAAAACUGUUAAUCUCUUUACUCAAUGUGUAAAAGAUGAAAUUAAAAUUUAUCAGUCAAAUAUUAGUUCUUAAUAAUAUGUUAAGUAGUCAAAAAUCUUCCUUACUGCCCUGGUACAUGAUACAAAACUACUUUCAGGAGAUCUGAGUUUUCCUUCAUAAUAUUAAGUGAUAUUUUGACCGUUAAAACCUCUGUAAUUAGUAUUCAGUUGCAUAAAGCACAAAACAUAAACAUGAUGCAUGGGCUAUGCUUAACGUAUUCUGUAGUGCCCGUAAGUCAUUCUCUCAGUUAAAGGCACACUCCUUUAACCCCAGCACUCGGGAGGCAGAGGCAGGUGGAUCUCUGUGAGUUCAAGACCAGUCUGGUCUACAAGAGCUAGUUCCAAUACAGCCUCCAAAGCCACAGAGAAACCCUGUCUCGGGAAACCUGUCUUGGAAAGAAAAAGAAAAAGAAAGCUUCAAGCUUUUUUUUUUCUUUUUCCAAUGCAAAGUGAGUUUUUGUGCUUUAGGCAAAAGGUGAUUACCGUAGGAAAAUAUUAAGUCUAAGGCCUCAGCCCCUGAGAACUGUUAGUCCUCUUGUUCUCUGAGUAGUUUUCCUUUUCUCAGAGUGCUGUGCAGUUGGACUCUUACAGUUGGUAGUCUUUUCAGAUUGACUUUUUCAACACACAGCUUUCACCAUGCCUCUGCCUGGAUAGCUCAUUUCUUCUUAGCAUGGAAUCAUGCCUUUCUGUGGGGUGUAUCACUACUAAAGCACAUCUUGGUUGCUUCCAAACUCUGGCAAUUGUGUGUAAAUAUCCAUGUGCAAGUUGUUGUGUAGUUCUAAGUGUUCAACCCAUUUUAGAUAAAAACCAAGGUAACUGCAGGUCCUCUGGUGUGAAUGAGAAACUGCCAAGCUGUCUUCCAGAAGUUGCCAUUUCCACCCCUCCAGCCCAUUGUUCUGUCCUGGCCAAUUGUCAGUGUUUUGGAAUUUGGUCAUUCUAAUGAACCUCUGACCUUGCAGUUUCUCAGUUUAAUUUGUAAUCCCAAAUAGCAUAUGAUACUGAGCUUCAUUUUGAAUGCUUAUUUUCAUGUGUAAACCUUCUUUGAUGAGGUGUCUAGAUCUUGCCCCAUUCUAUAAUCAGGUGUUUAUUAUUAUUUAUUUAUUUAUUUUAGAAGGGAGUCUCCUUUUUUUUAGUUUUUUAAAAUUCUAUUUUAUGAAUGGUUUGCUCCAUGUAUGUCUGUGUACCACACACACGCCUGGUGC